AUGGCUGGAGGAAAAGCAGGCAAGGAUUCAGGAAAAGCGAAAGCUAAGGCAAUUUCUCGUUCUCAUCGUGCCGGACUUCAGUUUCCUGUUGGUCGUAUCCACCGUCAUCUCAAGACCCGCACAACCAGUCAUGGACGUGUCGGUGCGACAGCUGCCGUCUACUCCGCUGCCAUCCUCGAAUAUCUUACUGCCGAGGUAUUGGAACUUGCAGGGAAUGCUAGUAAAGACUUGAAGGUGAAGCGUAUAACUCCUCGCCAUUUGCAGUUGGCUAUCCGAGGAGAUGAAGAAUUGGAUACACUUAUCAAGGCAACGAUCGCUGGUGGUGGUGUCAUUCCUCACAUCCACAAGUCCCUUAUCGGAAAGAAACUACCCCCUCCAAAGCCACUUGGUGUCUAG